GGUCUCCCACUGGCUGUAACUCUUGCUCUGGCAUUCACCACCAAGAGGAUGACGAAAGAAAACCUCCUGGUGCGCGUCUUGGGCUCCUGCAAGACGAUGGCCAACUCUUCCGUCAUCUGCACCGACAAGACCAGUACUCUCACCCGCAACGUCAUGUCCGUGGUCACAGGCUCCGUCGGCAUCCACGCCAAAUUUGUGUGCAAACUCAAAGACAACCAAGCCUGCACCAACGCGAAUAGAAGCUGA